UGAUUGUCACAUUUUCUAUCACAGCCAUCAACUGUCACACAAAUAUAAAGAAAGAAAUUUUAGAUAAAUUUACUCAUUUAAACAGGUCGUUUUAGUACCUAAAGAUUUGUCGAUAUUUACCAUCUUUGACUUAGUUUUAUCUAAUGGUGUCCAAGUAGGUUAGUCAAGUGAAGUCUAAAGGUGCAGCUGAUUGAUUUGCCGCUUAACUCAUUACUGUAAACUAAACCGGUCUGUUAAACCAGUUCUCUCGUCUUUUGUCAUUCGUCGGCUGACUCCGUUGAGCGCUUGUGUGGACUUUAUAGCCUUCAGAAGAAGUCACAGUAGUUCGCACAUGACUUGACAAAACUUUCCGUCAUGAAUCAGACUCUUCUGCGGAUUUUGCUUCUUUCGGUGUUGUGUUCAUUUGCGCAAAAUGAAACGAUCAAUCCAGCUAUCAUUGAUGAGCAGCUGCUCUGGGUCGGUGGUGAAGCUGGAGAAGUUCACACCUACAGAAUUCCCCUGCUCACCUUCACUACUCAGGGAAGUCUUCUGGCUUUUGCAGAGGCCCGGAAGCUGUCGUUCAAGGACAUCGGAGCCAAGUUCAUCGCUUUAAGACGCUCCACAGACAGAGGAGCCACCUGGUCUCCCACUUCAUUUAUAGUGGAUGAUGGUUCUCUAGCAGAUGGGUUGAAUCUAGGUUCGGUUGUUGUGGAUGAAGAGACUGGUGCUGUGAUACUCAUCUACUCAUUGUGUUUCCACCGUUACCACUGCAAGCCCUCCGACACAAUGAUGGUGCAGAGUCUGGAUGACGGGUUCACCUGGAGCGCCCCACGAAACCUUAACCCUCAACUGGGGCUCAUGAGUUUUGUUCCUGGACCUGGCUUUGGUAUACAGAAACGCCAUCCGCCUGCUGUUGGGCGUCUGGUGGUGUGUGGCCACGGCAGCAUCGCUGGAGACGGAGUGUUUUGUAUCCUGAGUGACGAUCAUGGAAACACAUGGAGAUAUGGAGCUGAACUGAAGAGCAUUCCCUACAACCAGCGCAAAAACAACCUUGACUUUGAACCAGAUGAGUGUCAGCCAGUGGAGCUGGAUGACGGCAGCAUCGUGAUUAAUGUGCGCAACAAUAAAAACUACCACUGCCGCUGUCGUAUGGUCGUACGCAGUCUGGAUGGAGGAGAGUCUCUGCCGGUGGAGCAGCUGGUGUUUGAUCACACACUGGAGGAUCCUGCGGUCGCAGCUGGAGCUUUAGAGAAGGAAGGAGUGCUUUACUUCACCAACCCAGCCAACACUAACAGCAGAGUGAACCUCACCCUUCGCUGGUCUCUGAAUCGCGGUAAAUCAUGGGUGAAAGAUACUCUGAAGAUCUGGGCUGGACCAAGUGGAUACUCAUGUAUGACGUCACUUAAAGGCAAUGAAACUGUGGAUCAUAAGUACAUCUAUGCCAUCUAUGAGAAAGGCCAAAAGGAUUAUUUUGAAUCCAUCUCCUUUGUGAAAAUCGACCUGUACAGCAACCAAUGAAACAUAUUUUCCAAGCCAACAAUUUAACAUGAAACCUAUGAAAAUGGUUUAAAAGAGGACAGGCAUGAUAUGACGACUGCCCCCAGCGUUUGAGACCAGAGAAUACUGCUUUUUUUUCUUCAAGAUUUUUGUAUCGUAUUUUAUUUACUUGGCGGUUUUUUCUUUUUUAUUUGGCUGGUUGGUUAAUAACACAUUUUUAUGUGGUGUGACAAUCUCUGAAUACAUCUUUCAUAUUGCUUUACACAGACUUUUUUUUGUUUUUUUAAUCAUGUUUUAAUUUGUUUUACCACACCUGUCUAUUAUUUCUCUGAGGAUUAAUACGGAAAUAUAGAAAUACAAUGGCAUACAAGCUUGUCUGAGAUCCUGAUUUUUUAUUAUUAUCCCUUUUAUCUAGUUAUAUAUUAAAAGAGCCUAAUACAGAAUUU